AUGAAUAAUUGUGUGGAAACUGAGUCGAAAAAGAAACCAGCAAAAGUACGGGAAUUAGUAUUCAAUGGAAUUUUUGGUUUUUCUUCUAGAAGGCGAGGAUGCCGCGGAGGAAGAGGAUUCCUAUCUGCUGGAAGAAGACGACGUGCCUUCCGCGACGAUAGCCACUGACACGGAGCUGAUCUCCGAAGCGGGAGGCCAUCUGCCCGUGUUUCUCACCGAACCGGUCGAUUCUUUCGUGGUGAAGAACAAACCGGCCACGUUACAUUGCAAAGCCGCGCACGCGUUGCAGAUCUACUUCCGGUGCAACGACGCGAGGGCGGACGACUCGCAGCAACAGGACUUUGUGGAUCCCCACACCGGCACCAGAAUCGUCGACUGCGAACUGAACGUAACUAGAGACCACAUCGAGGAAUAUUUCGGCAGGGACAAGUUCAAAUGCGAGUGUAUCGCCUGGUCGGGUUCCGGGCAGAUUAAGAGUCAACCUGCGACUGUCGAUGUUGCCUACCUGAAGAAGCAAUUCGAGUCUCCGCCGUACUCGGUAUCGGUGGAGGCAGGCCAGAGCACCGAACUCAGGUGUCUUCCUCCUGUGGGAGUGCCACCGCCGAGGGUCUACUGGCUAAGAAAUAACGUCCCCGUCGACACGGAGUCGGACACGCUUUUAGUGUCUAGCGAGGGACACCUUCUGGUUGGCCAAGCGAAACUCAGCCACCAGGCGAAUUACACUUGCGUCGCGGAGAACAUCGCGGCCAAAAGGCUUAGCGAGCCUGUCAGCCUCACGGUGUACGUGAAAGGAGGUUGGUCAGCGUGGUCCGCGUGGUCCGAAUGCCACUCGAGGUGCGCGAAAGGUGGCCAAAAACGGACGCGAACGUGUACGAAUCCCGCUCCGAUGAACGGCGGCCAGCCUUGCAUGGGUCCGUCUCAGCAGAAGAUGGACUGCAACAUCGCCUGUCCCGUGGUGGACGGAGGAUGGUCCAGAUGGUCGACGUGGUCGGUGUGCGGCACCGAUUGCACGCACACGAGAAGACGAUCCUGCGACGAGCCACCACCCAGCCACGGUGGACGACCUUGUCAGGGGAGGGACAUCAGCGUGGCGAAUUGCACCGGCGGCAUGUGCAACACGAACCGGCAAAUGGACGUGGCUCUGUACGGCGGCUUGACUGUCGCGUGCGCUGUAAUCGGCGGCCUGGCAUUUUUCCUAGCGAAGCUUCUGAGGCGCAAAGGUCGGGACCAUUCCCUCUACUCGAUGGCCCGUAACGAGAUACCCACGAGCCGUGGCUCGGCGGUGUGCGUUUCAGAAUUCCAGCCGGAGUUCUUCCCGGACCAGGACAAGAAGCUGAGCCUGCAGCCGGAUGUAACGGCGACGAGCGUACCGGCCUGCUACGAGUAUCCUUUCGACCCGAAGCUGUCGAUGUCGAGAUCCCUCUCCGAGCACCAUUACGACGUGCCCCACUUGUCGAUCGCCCCGCAACCCUCGCCAAUGUCGCCGACGCCAAGCACCUCGACGCAGGAGUCGUGCAGCGACAAACAGAUCCAUUCCGAUUGCGAGAACAGCGUCACUAGCUCGUACCCUUCCUCCGACUCGACGUACAACGUCGCCUCGGAGAGUGUUCGUUUGCCGAAGCUCGAGACCGGGAACGUGGCCGGGGCGGCGGUGAACACGCGCGGCGCGCUUCUCGUGCUUCCGGACGCGGGCAUAUCGAUGUCGGUGCCCGAGGGAGCCGUGCCGAAACCACUCAGGGAGGAGCUCUACUUGGCCGUGCUGAACGAGGAUCGCUUUAGGCCUCGAUUACCCGACGGUAUCACGCAACUGUCCGCGGUGGUGACGUGCGGCCCUUCGUCGGCGACCUUCAACAAGCCUGUGAUCCUCCAAUUCGAGCACUGCGCGAUGCUUCACCCGGCCACGUGGGAGCUAAGCGUCUGGGCUUGCGACGGCCUGAGCGUCGAGGACGGCACAGCGAUCGCCUCUUCCAAGGAUCAUCAAUCGAUCACGUGGAGCAGGGUGCUGACGUUGGGUAACGAGACGAUCAACACGCCGCUGUUCACGCAGCUGGACCACGCCGAAGCGUUCAUCGUGACGGAACAGCUGAGAGGCUACGUUCUAGCUGGCCAGAGCUGCGAGAACGUGAUCGCCACCAAGAGAUUGCGGCUAGCGUUGUUCGCCAGCCAAGCUGGCCAAUGCUGCGUCCGAGUCUACGCCGUGGAGGACACGAAAGCCGCGACGAAGGCGAUCGUUGACAGAGAGUCUCAAGCCAGGGGUUACUUGCUGGACAAGCCAAGAACCUUGUUGUUCCAAGACAACGGCGAGUCGCUGUGCGUCAGCCUCGAAGAAGUUGGCAACGAGUGGCAGAGCAAGUCGCCCACCGAGCGGCAGGAGAUCUCGUUCAGAGACGUGUGGAACUGCCAGGAGAACACGAAGCACGUGACUUUCGGUUUGGACACAGCGUUCGGCCCUACCAGCAGCCGAAGCUACAAGCUGCAGGUGUCGCAAGGGAACUCGGAUACCAGGCAGGUGUUCAGGAUCGUGUACGACGGCGCGAAGCAAUUGAUCUCGUCCGGAAGCGUGACCAGACCGCUCAGAGAGGUGACGGUGGUCAGCAGCGGGCAUGCUAAUAACGCCACCACCGACUCCACUACCCUCAGACCGUUUCGGUUUACCAGGUCCCUGAGGAAACAGCUAUGCCAAUGCCUCGACCCACCGAACGCUCUCGGCAACGACUGGAGAAUGCUGGCGCAGAGGCUUCAAGUCGACAGGUACAUCAACUACUUCGCGACCAAGUCCAGUCCGACGGAGCACAUCCUAGACCUGUGGGAAGCGAAACACCACGAGCCGACCGCGGUGACCGACCUUCUGAACCAUCUUCGAGUGAUGGGCAGAACCGACGCGGCCACGAUUCUCGAGGCACAACUGGGCCCGUGGCUCUGAACGAACGGAAUCUCGUCACCAUCUCGUGACGUUUCCUGUGGUGAGUGAAAGUCCACGAACGAGUCGAGUGAACGAAACGAAACGAACGAAAAGUGGUGAACCCGAACCGUGGUUGCUUCGGCGCGGAGAACAAGUCGCUUCUCCGUUUGACGGACUCAUCGAAACACUGCCUUAAUUUUCGGCGCGGGACAAGACUGUGUCUCUCUUUCUCCCGCUUGUCCCUCAUCUUUUGUACAUAGAAAUUUUCGUCUCUUUAUUCUUUUCUUUUUUUUUUCGUUUCUUUUUUUU